AUUAUACAAGCUAGCAGAUGGGUACACGAAAGCUCACUUUGUUAGCAUUCAAACAAUGAAAAAGAAAAAAGGAAAAAAAAAACCCACCAGAGGACUAGAAUGACAAAUGAACUGUAAACUAAAACGAAAGGAACAUCAGGCCGGGCAAUGUUUGCAUCAAUAACAAAAGUGAAAUAUCUUUAACAGAAAAAAAAGGGGGGGCUUAUUUAAAGUUAGAAGAGAUUCAACUCCUCAAGACAAUGGAUACGAACAACAGGUCAUUCACAGAAGGGGAAAUACAGGUAGCAAAUGAGGAAAAUUUGAGUGUUCAGUCAUCCAAGAAAUGUCAAAUAAGGUCGUCUUGAUAGUUCAAGAUUAUUAACGUAGGGGAGAAAAGAUGUCACCCAGUGGUUAGAGCCGUGCAUUGAAUUCCUUAUGCUGUUCCUUGCUGAUGAAGAGCAAGUGGGGGCAAUACAGGCCAUUCAUCGCUUUCCACCUGCAAACUUUCCCACUCCAUGAAAUUUAUCCCAUGUGUAGAACUCAAGGAUAUGUUAGCAGAUCACUGCCGCGAAAUAAAAUACAAAGAAAGUAGGAACUGCACACCUUAAAAAUGAUCAUGUAAAUAAAACAUGUUAGUGAAAGUAGAAAUAAAAUGUGUGCUUGCAAGCAUGUAAAAUUAGGUAUCUAUGUAGAAGGUUUGGUUUGGGAAGUCAAAUUGUGUAGUAAUGGAUAUUCUUUUUACAUCCCUUUUUCCUGUUAUCUCGUCUUUUCAGUGGUGCUUACACUUACAAAAAAAAAUCAUCUGGAGUUUUUUAAUGUGGAUAUUUCCUAAGGUUGCCCAAACCUGAGAAAGAUGCCAAGACAUUGUGUGUGGGGUGCGUGUCUGUGUGGGCGCCUCCCCUUCUCUCAAAGGCAGGAGCCCUGACUGAGACCAUUUAGGGCUGGAGAGUCUGGUCUCUUUGGCACUCCCGGGUCCCACUAGCGCUGGGACUCCCUUCUGAGGGAACUUUCUGGAGCAGGUGUGUGUGCGUCCUACCGUCCUACCGACACCUGACACCUGUGCUUGCAGAGGAAGGGAUGAGUCGCCGGACCUAACCGCCCGCAGGCACCUCCAGAUUCGAGGCGGAUUCACAGCUUUUUUGAGCCUCCCAUCCUCCCGGAGAUCUUAGGUCACCCUGUGCUCCCUUCGCUGCAGGAAAACUGAUUUACAAAGCGCCCCCGAUCAAGCCUGGACAUAAGGAAGAUUCUGGGACCAGCUCUUGGAUUUCUAAGGAUCAGAAUUUGCUCAGCAUCCUCACUGCUAACCACUUUGGUUUCGUCUGUCAUUCAAGCUUAUUUGGCUGUUUCUUGUCUUCUGCUCUUGCCUAGUACCAUCUGUUGCUGAUACAGAAGGAUUCCAGGAACAGAUCCUUGGAUGCCCACUGGACAGAAACUUGAAACUUGAGCUCAUCUUCAUAUCAUAGCAGAGCCUCAACCUGUUCAUUAUUUGGGGAAGAAAUAGCCCAUGUGCUGUGGAGAUGAGUGGGGAGCAGCAGCUGGAUGCAGAUUCUGGGCCUGGUGCAGAAGAAGAAUUCAGCUGGGAGGAUUAUCUAGAAGAGACAGGCUCCACCACAGUUCCCUAUGCAUCAUUUAAACAUGUGGACAUACGUUUGCAAAAUGGCUUUGCUCCUGGGAUGAAGCUGGAGGUAGCUGUGAAAAAAGAUCCGGAAACUUACUGGGUUGCCACUGUCAUUACUGCCUGUGAGCAGUUACUCUUACUCCGUUAUGAAGGCUAUGGGGAAGACCGGAAAGCAGACUUCUGGUGUGAUAUCAGGAAAGCUGGCCUCUAUCCCAUUGGGUGGUGUGAGCAGAAUAAGAAGACCCUUGAAGCUCCAGAAGGCAUCAGAGAUAAAGUGUCUGAUUGGGGUGCAUUUCUAAAGCAGACCCUGAGAGGAGCCUGUAGUCCUCCUGUGUCUCUGCUAGAGGGCCUCCGUCAUGGAAGGAAUCCUUUAGACCUCAUUGCCCCGGGAUCCAGACUAGAAUGCCAAGCUUUCCAGGACUCUUUAAGCACUUGGAUUGUUACUGUUGUUGAGAACAUUGGGGGACGGCUGAAGCUGCGUUAUGAAGGACUUGAAAGUUCUGACGGUUUUGAACACUGGUUGUAUUACUUAGAUCCGUUUCUUCAUCACAUUGGUUGGGCUGCUCAGCAAGGAUAUGAACUUCAGCCCCCACUAGCCAUCAGGCAUCUGAAAAAUGAAGCUGACUGGCAAGAGAUUCUGGCCAAAGUAAAAGAGGAAGAGGAAGAGCCAUUGCCCUCUUACUUAUUUAAGGAUAAGCAAGUUAUUGGAACCCAUGAAUUUUCUGUAAAUAUGAAAUUGGAAGCUGUGGAUCCAUGGUCUCCCUUUGGGAUUUCUCCUGCUACAAUUGCUAAGGUUUUUGAUAAUAAGUACUUUCUGGUGGAAAUGGAUGACCUUCGACCAGAAGACCAUACCAGGAGAUCAUUUGUGUGCCAUGCUAACAGUCCUGGCAUCUUUCCUGUGCAGUGGAGUCUAAAGAAUGGUUUACACAUCAACCCUCCUCCAGGCUUCCGGAGCCAGGACUUUGAUUGGGCUGACUACCUCAAACAGUGUGGUGCCGAAGCUGCCCCCCAGAAGUGCUUCCCUCCGUCAAUUUAUGAGCACCAGUUUAAGAAGAACAUGAAAGUGGAGGCAGUGAACCCUCUUCUCCCUGAAGAAGUCUGCAUUGCCACCAUUACUUCAGUGAGAGGCUCUUACCUGUGGCUCCAGCUAGAAGGUUCUAAGAAGCCUAUACCUGAAUUUAUUGUAAGUGUGGAGUCGAUGGAUAUAUUUCCUUUGGGAUGGUGUGAAGCCAAUGGCCAUCCUCUCAGUACUCCUCGUCGGGCACGAGUGCAUAAACAAAGGAAAAUUGCAGUGGUUCAACCAGAAAAACAACCCAGAAUACUGUCUUCAAGAACUGUCCAUGAGGGCCUGAAGAAUCAGAUGAACUCCACAUAUUCAGUGAUGACCAAUGGAAAAUAUUGUUGUCCAAAGAUAUACUUCAACCACCGUUGCUUCUCAGGGCCAUACCUUAACAAGGGAAGAAUUGCUGAGCUGCCUCAAUGUGUAGGUCCUGGGAACUGUGUUCUGGUACUUAGAGAGGUCCUCACUUUACUUAUCAAUGCAGCCUACAAACCCAGCCGUGUCCUUCGUGAGCUCCAGCUGGACAAAGACUCUGUGUGGCAUGGAUGUGGGGAAGUCCUAAAAGCCAAAUAUAAAGGAAAGAGUUAUCGAGCUACUGUUGAGAUAGUGAAAACCGCGGAUCGAGUGACUGAAUUCUGCCGGCAAACGUGUAUCAAACUGGAAUGUUGUCCUAACCUCUUUGGUCCACGGAUGGUCCUGGACACAUGUUCUGAGAACUGCUCUGUUCUUACAAAGACUAAAUACACACACUAUUAUGGAAAGAAGAAAAAUAAAAGAAUUGGAAGGCCACCUGGUGGUCAUAGUAAUUUAGCUUGUGCCCUGAAAAAAGCCAGUAAGAAGAGGAAAAGGAGGAAAAAUAUUUUUGUUCAUAAGAAGAAACGUGCUUCUGCGUCUGUUGACAAUACCCCAGUGGGCUCACCCCAGGGCAGUGGGGGUGAAGAUGAGGAUGAUGCAGAUGAUGGAGAUGAUGAUUCUCUAAGUGAGGACAGUGCAUCUGAACAACAGGAUGAAUUACAGGAAGAAUCUGAAGUGUCAGAAAAAAAAUCAUGCUCCCCUUCUCCCACCCAGAAUGAGAUGCCCACCCCACAACCCCCAGACACAGAGAUGAGUAAAAAGGAACUCCGCACUCCUUCAUUCUCAGAUGAGGAAAAUAAGCCUCCUUCACCAAAGGAAAUAAGGAUUGAAGUUGAUGAAAGGCUUCACCUGGACAGUAACCCACUGAAAUGGAGCGUGGCAGACGUUGUGCGGUUCAUCAGGUCCACUGACUGUGCUCCACUGGCAAGAAUAUUCCUUGACCAGGAAAUCGAUGGGCAGGCCCUUCUGCUCCUUACCCUUCCCACUGUUCAAGAGUGCAUGGACUUAAAGUUGGGCCCUGCCAUCAAGCUUUGCCAUCACAUAGAGAGGAUCAAGUUUGCUUUUUAUGAGCAGUUUGCCAACUGAGAAGGACAAGCAGAGUGAACUGGGUCUUUGAAGCACAGUGCAGCAAACCCUUUACCAUGCUCUGCAGGUGAUUGCAGGAGUCCUGGGGCUGUCAGCCCUGCAAAUGUUGGCUUGCUUUCUUUGCACUUUCAGGGAAGGAGGACCCACACUGAGGAAUCGAAAACAGCACAAAAAUGGCUGUCCUACAGUGGAGAUACAGACUUCUGUUCAGAAGAUUGCAGUUAAAAAAGUUGUGAGAAAAAAAAAAAAACAAAAACCUUAAAAACAUGAAUUCCCAUGGAUGGGAAAACAGAGAGUGAUCUGGACAGCACCAGUUUGGUUAUUUUCAUUCUAUUCCUUCCCACUGUAGAUUGAACUUUGUUCUCUGCUUUCUCUUUCUUGAAAAGAGGACACAGCUUUAAGUCAGCACUGAUUUGGGACUGUGCCUAAGGCACAUCAGUGCUUCAUUGUCAUUGUGUUUUUUAAGCUUUUUCUUUUUCUUUUUUCUUUUUUUUUUAAAUUAAAGCAGUUCAUUUUGGGGAUGAUUAUGUGGCUCUAAGGUUUUGAAUGUAUAGUCACACUUUGAUCCAUUUUAAAAUCUAUUCUUAGGAGUUCCUUUGUUUACUACCUCUGUUGAUGAAUGCGCUUACAGCCAUGAGUGACAUUUUUGUAUAAUGCCAUUUUUAAGCUGAAUGCUAAAUCUGUGACAGAAGUUAGAGAAGGCCCUGUCUGCUUUCUUAAAGAUAUCCUUUUGGCACUUACACCAACCUCUUAACCAAUUUGUCCUAAGAAUUCUACUGUUAUUUCCUUCAUCUUGACCCAGUUUUGGCCACCUUUGUUAGGCGGCCUCACAAAGACUAAUGUAUGGUAUUUCAGUUUAAUUACUCUCUCCCUAUUAGUUUUGAAAGAUACUUAAGUGGCUUUUAUUUUAUGUUUAUUUUUCUCUAGAGUUGUUUGACUACCUCUGUUUCAUUUCUGGAGUCUCUACUCUCAGUGAAAAUCAGUAGGUGUUGUUUGGAUCCACUGUAAAGCCCAUUUUCCCAAUUUUCUAGAUGUGUCCAGGUAGAAGCACAGCAGAGAAAAUGUGGCUUUGGGGGUGGCGCAAAGUAUGGAGUUUGUUAGCAGUGUCCUCCAUGAUAAUUAUUGAGAAGUAGUUAUGGAGUCCAUAACCGCACCACCCCAAAUGUCCCAGAUCUUGUCUUAUCUGGAAAGCCAAUCAGAGUUGGUUGGUACUUUGAUGAGAGAGGUGGUGGAGGAGUCUGUAAGCCUCUGUUCAGCCAUGUGUAUACCUGUCUGCAGUUAAACCAAUUUAAAUUUAAUGUAAUUUACAGUCUGAGGAUUCUCAUUCAGUAGCUCAUUCUUGGAAUUUUUUUUUCAAUUAAACUCUAGUUGACACGAAACUCUAGGUGAAUUUUCACUUAUAAUGACAUUGUUAGCUAUUCUAGAAGAAUAGCACUUGCUAUACUGUAGCCAUGAGUAAGGAAAGACAUACAUACACAGGUUGCCUCCUUUAAAUGUUUUCCUUGUUAAUUAUUUAUUUAUUUAUUUAUUUUGGGGUUACCCUAAUCUCUCUACAGAUUUAUACCCUAAGCAUUUUUCCUCAAGAAUUGAAAAUGUUUUAAAACUGCAAACUGAGUAAAUUCUGAACAACUAUACAAAUAUAAGGUAAUAUUACAAAUUUAAAUUGUGAUUUUUUUUUUCCUUACCUCAACCCCAAUUUGUUUUUAUGGACACUGGGAAAGUCUGUAGUCUGGAUCCUGUUCUUCAUUGGGUAACUCUUGAACCAUUUUAAUUGAAGCCCUCCAACCAAGUCUUCACACGGUAACUCUUCAUAUUGUUACCAACAGGUGUAUCUGGAAGAAUCUGCAUCUAAGUAACAGCUCAUUAUUUGAGCUUACUUAGAGAUCCAGCUUUUAAAAACUUGAGUGUUUCAUGACCCUGGGAGAGAAGCAUACUUGACACUCGGAAACAGCUAGUAUUGGCAGGCUGAUUUGGAGUGGCUGUCUUCCUAGAAUUUCCCCAGACCUCCACAGUCAAGUCACUAGUACAAAAGGGGGGCCUCAUAAAACCUAUGCCUGUAGGAUCUCACACUGUUGUCUUAGUAAAAGGAAGAGUGACAGCGGUGACUGUGUUAUUAUGUCUUUCUUCUUGACCUCAAAGAUGACAGAAUGUAGAACUAUCAGAGAUGACAGGUAUUGUGUCUGAAAAGGUGAAGCACAUGGCUCUACGUAGUCCUGAGUAGGGGAGGGUUGGAACACAACAGUCUUGUCUGACUGUACCAUAAUUAUUCAGUCUCUCCUUUCUCCUGUAGAAAGGCCACUCAUAAAUUAGACAAGUGAGGAGGGUAUCCUUAAAUGUUCCUUGCACUCUUAUUUGGAUACAGUAUACUUGAUAGUCACAUUAAAGAAGAAUUAUGGAGCCCAGUGUGCUGGUACAUGCUUUCAAUCCCAGCAGGACGCAGAGCCAGGCGGAUCUCUGUGAGUUCAAGGCCAGCCUUGUCUAACAGAGUGAGUCCCAGGACAGGCUCCAAAGCUACACAGAGAAACCCUGUCUCAAAAAAACAAAACAAAACAAAAAAAAGAAUUAUCAACCCCCAUCCCUCCUCCCAGGUGUCACACAUAAAAGGAUAAUUGUAUGAGAAUUUUGCAGAGGACUUUUUAAAGUAUAAAAUUCUAAUCCCAAAUUGGGUAUGGUGAUACAUAUACCUCUAAUCCCAUCACUUGGGAAGUGGAAAUGAAGAUCAGAAGUUCAAGAUCAUCCUCAGCGACAUAGUGAAUUCUGGGCUAGCCUGGACUAUAUGAGACUGUGGGUUUUUUGGUUGUUUUUUUUUUUUUUUCUAUUUAGAUAAAUAAGAUAGUAAGUUAGAUAACUAAGAUGCUAGAGUUAGGCUGGGUAGCAGUGAUUGUUCAAUUAUGGUGAUUCUCAGAUGUUUUAAGCUUGGUAAUAGCUUGCAUUGUUGGGGUAAGGGGCUUAUAUGUUGCACAUUUGUGUGUGACGUCUGUUUCUGAGGAAGCCAAGCUCAUAAAUUGGUUAGAAGUAUGUUGUCUGGAGUUCGUCUGCAGUUGAUCUCACAGCUUGCCUGUAGGCAAGUUUAUUGUGAUCCAUCUUUAACCUGGGUUGACAAACUUAGAAACGCAUGAAUGGCCUCCGUUAUCCUCCUAGACCUGAAAAGUAAACUGACUUAAACUAGACUUUACAGCUUUGUUGGUCCUUUAGGAGAAACUUUGACCUGUGUGUGCAGAUUGGCCUGAUGUUUUGACUAUAUUUUAUUGGUUUCUUGUGACUGCUAUUUUCCUUUGUGAGCCAUCUUCAUCCUUUUCAAAUAUAGGAAAGCAUUAAUGGAGCCUUUGAAUUCUAUCUUUAGUCUUUCUUUAGCAAUGUACUUGGUUCCCUGUGUUUAUAAUAUGUCUCAAGGAAGGGUACUAGCCAACCUCUAGAAGGGAUGAUCUUGGUAAAUAGUUUUUGAAUUAUAAUAGAGGCAGGAAUAGAAAACCACUUCAGACUUUGACCUUUGUAUGUCUCUUUUCCUAGAAGUAAAAUUAUUUUCACUGUUAGGGAAAGGGCAUUAGACCCAAACUUCCUGAAGACUUGAAGACUUGAGUACAUUUUACGUGCUCUCGAGAACCAAGUUGGUUAUUAAUGGGAUGCCUGAAUAUAGCUUAAGGCAGGUAGGACUCAAAACACCCCACCCUCUCAAGUCAACACUGUUUCCAAGACACACAUCACAUCAAGGGGAUCUAAAUGAAAGGUAACAGCAAUGUAAAAACAUUGUAAAAACUAUCACUGAUGCUUAUUCUUACUUGAUAUGUCUCACCAAAAACUUAUAUUGAAGAGAUUCUUUUCUGGUUUCAUUGAUUGCCAGAAGUGCUGGAAACACACAUUGAGUUUGAACUUGUCUUACAUACUGGAUAUAUUCCAUGUGUGUGCAAAUUCAUACAAGUCCCUAAAUGAUCCGUUUUACCAAUAGGACCUGUGUUGUCCUUUUUUUGGGGGUUUUUUUUUUUGUUUUUUUUUUUUUGGUUUUUCUUUCGAGACAGGGUUUCUCUGUGUAGUUUUGCGCCUUUUCCUGGAACUCACUUGGUAGCCCAGGCUGGCCUCGAACUCACAGAGAUCCACCUGGCUCUGCCUCCCAAGUGCUGGGAUUAAAGGCGUGCGCCACCACCGCCCGGCCUGUCCUUUUGAAGUAAGAAAGCACAUCACAGAAGUGAAGUACAAAACUUGGGCGAAAGAGAUACUCCCUUUGUAGAUUUGGAUGUCUCCGGUCUGAGGACCUUUGUACUUACGUGUCUUGUAGCCAUGGUGUUGGAUUAGAAACUCUGUAAGGACAGAGCCUCUUGUACAACCAAGAAGUAACAAUCACUUUCCUGGCGUUUGCCUUUCCAUUUUAAAUGUUUUACUCAUGAAUGUUGGUGAUUGCUUUGUAUAAGAAUGUAUAUACUUGGGGAAUUUGAAUUUACCCUAGUAAGCUACCUGUUGACCUAGAGUUUAGUUGUAAGAAUUCUAAACCCAGAGUCUAGUCCAGAUGGAUCUGGUUCCAGGUCCAGUCACCUGGGGCUUGUUUUCCUCGGUGCUUGUCUUCAGCCACACAGGUAACUUGGCUCUGGGAGCAGCCUUAAGUAUGAAACAUGAAAAAAUGUUUAAGUAUGAAAAAUGCAGUGCAUAUUGAUUUUCUUGCUACUGUGUUUAAGAAGUCAGAAUUUCACAGGAACCUGCAAAAACAGGAGUGAAGGUUUGUAGGGGAGGUAGGGGAUAGGAAAGUAGGUCUGAAACUAAUGCUUUUUCUGACUAAUCUGGUAGGGUAUUAUGGCCUACCACAGUGAAGUGCUGUGAAUGGGAGACAAGCAACAGCUUCACCAGACAGUUGUCACUACCAGCAGGGAAGUGCAGAGCUGAGCCACAGGCAGGAGGGAAGGGAGCUGCUGACAGUGAAAGUGUCCCCAUUGCUGAUGUGUGAGAGAGGGACAGUUUUCAGGGUUCCCAUAUGGUUUAUUCUAGGUCUAGCUUUGCAGAAUAGAGGUGGUCACAGAAUGUUGAAGGUUACAGACUUUAAGGGCAACUCAGAUCACAAAGCAGAUGCUUAGUGGAGGAGACAGAAGUUUACAAAGCUUGGGCAGAGGUGAAGGAGCAGUCUCUAGUCCCUUUUGUAAGAUACUGGGAAAGGUAGUUUGAAUGCUUCUGUUGAGACUCUUAGUGCUCAUUUGUUUUUCCUCUCACCUCCCUCCUCUCCUUUUAGUUGAAUUUUCUCUAAUGACAAUCAGAGGCCUGCCAGGAUGGGACUCCAGGCCGGAUCCAGCUCUAUCCUUAGGCCUCUCUCCAAUAAUCUCUCCUUGCAAGUAAUGCACCUUGUUUAAUGUAUUUUUACUUUUAAAAAACAAGCCAAAAAAACAAAAAUAAGUUGCGUGUUUGGAACAAAAUGAAAUGCUUUUGGCAUUGUAUCCUUCCUGCUUGCUGUUUUUCCUUUUAAUUUAAAAAUUUAUGCAUUGAAGACCAAGUACACUUAAGGAGAAAUAUGCACUAGAAUACCUAUUAAAAUAACUCCCAUCAAGUUUGAUGGUUAUAAUUUUAAAGGAUUAAAAACAAAACAAAACUA